CAUAUAUGCUUUUGCCUUGCCUCCUACACUCAUCGAUCAUAUAACAUCCUUCAUAAGGUAAAGCUAAUACAAUUAAAAAAACUAAUGAGACUGAUGAAUAUGCCACCAUUGUGGCGAGAGUGCCUCUCAUCUGCGUUCCGAACCGCCCUAGCGUGCACCAUAGUGGGUUGUGUGACCCUCUAUGGUCCUUCUUCCAUUUGCACCCUCGUAGCAUUCCCUGCAUUCUCAUACGUCACAGCCAUUCUCAUCAUCAUAAACGACGCCGCUUUGGGAGACGCCUUGCGUGGAUGUUGGCUCGCACUCUAUGCCACCUUUCAGAGCAUGGGCCCCGCCAUGUUGAGCUUGUGGGCUGUCGGACCAGGACGGUUCUCUAAAGCCACCAGCGCUGCGGCGGUGGCGCUGGCCGCAUUUGUGGUGGUUCUUCCCUGGCCUCAGAGCACGCAUUUGAUAGCUAAACGUGUAUCGUUGGGUCAGAUAGUGCUGGUGUACGUGGUGGCUUAUGCAAAUGGUGUUCACACUGAUCCUAUCAUGCACCCUAUAAGCUUGGCUGCUAGCACUGCCUUAGGUGUUCUUGCUUGCGUUGUGGCAUUGCUGCUUCCUUAUCCGCGUCUUGCUUCCUCCCAGAUGAAUCAAAGCUACAAGCGAUUAACCAAAAAUAUCUUGAAGAGAUUGAAGCUUCUUGUAAAAGUGAUAUGCGAGGAGGACAAGAUUACUGCGGUCGGAUUAAUGUCUCAUGCCAAGUCUUUAGUAACUAAGCGAACCAAGCUCCUUUCUAUCAUCAUUCGCUACAAUGAGGGCAUGCAAUGGGAGAGACUUCCAAUUAAAAUUUUCAGAUCACAUUGCUUGAGCCUAAUAGAGAGACUUCAAGAGGUAGAUACCAAUCUAAGAGGGAUGGAGUUGGCUUUAGCUUGCACCAAUUCAUUCCCAAUCAACAUUCUCGACCAAGACUUUAAACAUGGUCUUAAUAGCCUUGAGGAGCAUGUUACCCUGACCAUAAAACAAGCUAAACAAAGCUUACGUGACGGUUCACUAACUGUCCCCGAAUCUAAUGCAAAAACCACAACCCAUUUUCUCCAAUCCCUUCACACCAUUCCAACAACUUACCAAGAAUUAUCCAUUUGCUUCUUCUUAUUUUGCGCCAAACUCCUCCACAAGAAAUCAUUGACCGAACCUCCAACUUGUACUCAAGACCUACUCGUUAAGAAAAAUGGAAAUUCUCCGAAAGAAAAGUUGGCUAAUUUGAUAGCAACGUUAAGAAAUACAAAUCUUAUGCCAGCAAUUAAAUUCUCUCUCUCUUUGGGCCUCUCAGUGUUCAUGGGCUUAAUAUACAGCAAAGAAAAUGGGUUCUGGGCUGGGCUUCCAGUGGCCGUGAGCUAUGUUUCGGGGAGAGAAGCCACAUUUAGAGCUGCAAAUGUUAAGGCUCAAGGAACCGUGUUAGGAACUGUGUAUGGCGUUUUGGGUUGCUUCGUAUUUGAGAGAUUCUUGCCCAUUAGAUUCUUGUCUCUACUUCCUUGGUUCAUCUUCACGAGCUUCCUUCAGCGAAGUAAAAUGUAUGGGCCUGCUGGUGGCAUUUCCGCAGUUAUUGGGGCCAUUCUAAUUCUUGGUAGGAAAAAUUUUGGGCCACCAAGUGAGUUUGCUUUAGCCAGAAUAAUUGAAACUUUUAUUGGGCUCUCAUGUUCUAUUUUCGUGGAUCUUAUUUUCUGGCCCAAAAGAGCCUCCACCUGCUCCAAAACGGAACUCUCUCAAUGCCUGGCCACACUUGGUGAGUCCAUUGGGUCGUUGAGUCUCCUUGUUGCUGGCAAAACCAAUUUGGAAGAUAACCAAAGGAAGUUGAAAAUGCAAGUUAACGAGCUUAGGAAAUUUGUUGUGGAAGCAGAAAUGGAACCUAACUUAUGGUUUCUACCAUUUAAUAGUGUUUGUUAUAAUAAGCUUUUGGGGUCAUUGUCAAGAGUGGUGGAUCUCAUGAGGUUUGGAGAACAUGCUUUGAAGUUCCUCCAACAAGAAUUCCAACGAUGUGGGGCUUGUGAGAAAGAGGAUGUGAACAUGCUAGAGGGUGAACUUGGACACGUUAAGGACUUGAUUUGCUCUUCAAUAAAAAAUAUUGAAGAGAUUUCUAGUACGAAAUUUGUUGCGAAAGAGGUUGAGAAGAAUAACAAUUCGUGUGAUCUCGAAGCAGGAAAGUCAAAUUGGGGUAAUAAUACGUGCAUGAUUUCUCGUUUAGGUGAAGAUGGAAUUGAACAAACAAUUGGCUCUUUUCUCCAACGGUCUAGAAUUGUUGUUGAUAACUUAUAUGGUGAUGAAGGUGAGAACGAAAUGAAGAGCCACGUUGUUCUUAGUUUGAGUGCCGUGGGAUUCUGCUUGUCUGCAUGUAUACAGGGGACGAUGGAAAUUGAAGAAGCAAUCAAGGAACUUGUUCAAUGGGAGAAUCCCUCUAGCGAGAUUGAUUAAUUAAUUUGGGGGAAACGGUGGGUGAGAAAUAUAUGUAUGAUAAGUUAUACUAUGAUGUAACUAUAA